AAAAAAACAGCGCUCGACCCCCAAAAUACCCCGGGGCAGCCGGGAGCGAUGGUUUUAGGGCUGUGCCCAGCGCUUGGCCCCGGCCACGUGGAGCCUGCGGGGUCACGCCACGACCCCGCUGCCCGCGGGGGUCCCGGGACCCGGUUGCGGGGCCGGGGGCGCAGCCGGAGCGGGUGGUGGGGAGCAGCCCCGGCGUCACGCUGGGGUAACGGCACGGGGACGGCGGCGGCAGGAAGAGAAAUCGCCUCCCUCCUUUGUCUCCCGGCUGUUUUGUUUCCUGCGGUUGGGGCCGGGACGCAGGAACUGCGGGGCCUUUCCUCCCCGUGCCUGCGCCCGAGCCGCCUUCCCUUUAAAGAAGGAGGAAGAAAAAAAAAGAAAAAAAAAAAGUGAAAAGCCAAACAAACAACAGAAAAAAAAAAAAAAACACACAACGGGGCCGGGAACAAUCGCGGCACAGAGCGCGGGGCAGAUGUUGUGGCCGCGGGCGCCGCUCCCUCCCAGCCCGGGGGGCUGCGGGGCCGGGAUGUGCUGCUGCUCCUGCGCCCCCUUCCCGGAGGAAAGGGACCCGGAGAGACCCCUCUGCGGGGAGCGGAGCAAGGAGAAGGAGAAGAUGAAGGAGGGCAAGGAGAAGGACGCGCGCUACACCAACGGCCACCUCUUCACCACCAUCACCGUCUCGGGGAUGACCAUGUGCUUCGCCUGCAACAAGAGCAUCACGGCCAAGGAGGCUCUCAUCUGCCCCACUUGCAACGUCACCAUCCACAACCGCUGCAAGGACACGCUGCCCAACUGCACCAAGGUCAAGCAGAAGCAACAGAAAGCGGCGCUGCUGAAGAACAGCUCGGCGCUGCAGUCGGUCUCGCUGCGCAACAAGACCGCCAUCCGGGAGCGCCCCAACUCGGCCAUCUACCCCUCGGAGAGCUUCCGCCAGACGCUGCUGGGCCCCCGCCGCGGCCGCCCGUCGCUCUCCCUCUCCAAAAGCGUCUCCACCACCAACAUCGCGGGGUAAGCAGGGCGAAAAGGGGGCCGG